UUCAUGAUAUUGAUUGCUCCAUCCUUUUACUACCGGGACAAGGCACUGUCCUAAAAACAAACACAUCACCAACACUAAACCCAACCGCCAACACCGGUUUGUUUGUGUCUUCGGACAUCAUCAAUGGUUUCCGCCGGAUUAUCUAGCUGUCGGGACCGGACAUCCGAGUUCCGAUCACUCGUUGAGACACUAAAAAAGAUCGGAGGAAUCUCAUCAGCUCCCAGUGGUUCACACAUCGAUUCUACAUCUCCUAAUAAUAAUAACAAUUUAACUUCUUUAAAUCGAUCUGAAUUUAACAAGCGAGCUUCUCGUAUCGGAUUCGGCAUUCACGAGACGUCUCUUAAGAUCGGAAGACUCGAAAAGCUGGCAAAAAAAUCAUCACUUUUCGAUGAUCCGCUAAAGGAGAUUCAAGAAUUGACUGCUUUAAUAAGCGAUGACAUUGCAGCACUAAAUGUAGCAGUUUCUGAUUUGCAAACUGUUCAAAACAUGAUGGUUGCUGAUGGAAACUAUUCUGAAGAUAGAGCUGUUCAUUCAACUGCAGUGUUUGAUGACUUGAAGAACAAGCUUAUGGGGGCUACCAAACAAUUUCAGGAUGUUUUAACUACCAGAACAAAGAAUAUCAAGGCUCAUGAAAGCAGGAAACGGAUAUUUUCGACAAAUAUGGCUAGAGAAAACCCACUAAGGCAGCAGCCAAAUGCUAUACCAGAGCCACCGCCCUGGGCAAGUUCAUCUAAUGCAUCAGGGAGUUCCCAACCAUCAGAACCGGUAUCAAAUGCAGCUCAAGUCGGAAGUCAACUAAGACGAAGGUUAGCUGUUGAUGGUCCAUCUCAGCAAAUGCAAAUGUCCAUGUUGCAGCAGGUGGCUCCACAGCAAGAAGAUCACACUCAAAGUCGGGCAGUUGCUCUUCAUAACGUGGAGUCCACAAUUUCUGAACUCAGUGGUAUCUUUACAAAUUUGGCGUCUAUGGUUGUACAUCAGGGAGAACUGGCAAUCAGAAUUGAUGAUAACAUGGAAGAGACAUUGACGAAUGUUGAAGGUGCUCGCAGUUCUCUAUUAAAGCAUCUGAACAGAAUAUCAUCAAACAGGGGGCUUUUAAUCAAAAUAUUUGCCAUUCUAAUAUUUUUCUUAAUGGUAUUCAUAUUCUUUCUGGCUUAAUUUGUACCGGUUAUUCUUUGGUCCUGCACCUUCUGCAUUCCACACAACUGCAGCUCUCUCAAACGUCGGCGUUGUUUCCCCAAGCAAAUUUGGCCCAGUUGUGGGAACCGGCAUUUCAUAGGAUCCAUUAUUUGUUGCAUUCCAUGUAUAUACAUCGUGCAAUGCUGAAUUUGUAUAUUGUUUUCUGUAUGUAUAACUUAGUGAGGCUCAUUGAUUCUUGAAUUCAGAUACAUUAUGGUUUUUCAUCCCAUCCCAGCUUAUUAUAAUGGUUGGGCAAUAUUUAUAAAUUUGUAUGUUGGAUUUACACAAA